AUGGCUGCAACCGACAUGUAUGCUCCGCCUUCAAGCUGGCCAAACGGCCGCCCGCCUGUCGGGUUUUGCACCAAAAGCACGUGGGGUGAUACUUUUGCCUCCUCCGCUCUUGACCAUCAGACACAAGAUGAUUAUGAGAAAGCCAUAGGAGAACUCAAAGAAGAAGCAAGAAGCAUGCUAAUAGAGGCUAAAGGGAAAACAAUCAGCGAGAGGUUAGCACUAAUCGACACGCUCGAGCGUUUGGGAGUCGGAUAUCACUUUGAGCAAGAGAUUGAGGAGCAACUUGAAGAUAUCUUGAACAAUUUUGAUUCAAAGAAUGAAGACUACGACUUGUGCACCACUGCACGGUUCUUCCGUAUUAUGAGGCAACAUCGUCGUUAUGUCUCUUGCGAUGUUUUUGACAAGUUUGUUGAAAAAGACAACAAAUUCAAAGAAAGCCUUGUCAUUGAUGGUAAGGGACUGCUAAGCUUAUAUGAAGCUACCCACUUGAGAAUCCGUGGAGAAGAAAUCUUGGAUGAGGCUGUGUCCUUCGCAGUCCGUCAUCUUAAGCACAUGGUACAAUCAUUAGAGCCUUCACUGCAAGCCCAAGUGAAGACGGCUCUGGAGCGGCCGCUUCAGAGGGGCAUUCCGAGAAUGGAAGCUCGUCAUUACAUAUCCUCUUACGAGAAAGACGACUCGAGGAUUGAACAACUUCUGAAACUAGCCAAAUUGGACUUCAAUUACGUGCAAAAUAUCUACAAGGACGAGCUCUAUCAACUCACAAAGUGGUGGGACGAGAUGAACCCACAUAUGCCGUACGCGAGAAACAGACUGGUCGAGGCGCAUUUAUGGUCGGUUUCUUCAAAUUUCGAACCUCAAUAUUCUUUGGCUCGAGUUGUAGGCACUAAGUUCAUUCAAAUGCUUACGGUUUUGGACGACACUUAUGACAACUAUGCGACCGUUGAAGAAGGUGAAAUUUUCGCGGAGGUUGUCGAAAGGUGGGACAUUGAUGAGAUUGAUCGGCUUCCGGAUUACAUGAAGCCCCUCUAUAGGUUUAUAUUGAAAUUGUUUGAUCAAUACGAAACCGACGCAGCCGAACAGGGGAAACAGCCAUUUGCUCUGUCUUAUGCCAAACAAACUGUGGAAGAGAUAUGUAGGUCUUACACGCAAGGACUCAAGUACACUAUGGGAGGGCCGAUGAAUUCGUUUGAGGACUUUGUUGUGAACUCGGUGGUGGCGAGUAUCGUGUACGUUUCAUGCGCUGCUGCUGUCCCGGGCUUGAAACUGGUGUCCAAGGAGACCAUAGAGUGGCUCAGGAGCGAGCCCAAAAUCAUUCGCGCUGCGGCUAUGGUCUGUCGAUACUUGGACGACUUGGGCAGCCAAGAGCGUGAGAGUCAGCAAGGCACACUCUUGACGGGGUUGGAUUUUUACGUAAGACAUCAUGGCGGGUCGAUACAAGAGGCUCGGGACAAGUUUGUGGAGCUAGCUGAGGAUGAAUGGAAGGACUUGAAUGCCGAGUGGAUAAGGGAUGUUAAGAGUGAGGUUCCGAGAGAAAUGGUGGAGGUGAUUCUUGGCUAUGCUCGGGCGUCCGAUGUCUUCUACAGGCACAGUAGGGAUGGAUAUGCAAAAUCUCAUAAAAUGACGCCCGAAGUUGAUGCUCUCUUCGUUGAACCCAUUGCCUUCUGA